AGUUGCCAGCAUCCAGUGCAUUCAAGGCAUCCGAACAGCUUCUACGUCAAUUCCUACCCGAAUGUGUGUCUCGUAAGUUGUUCUAGCUUACUGUCAGAACUUCUCGCUCACCGUACCCGGCUCAGCUGUCAAACUGGUUCUACUGAUCAACCGUCGCUGUCAGUUAUCAUGUCGAUCAAGGUGCUAGUGUUGUUUGGAGUGAUGCUGAGUGUGUGUGUGGUUUGUCUGCAUGCGGCACCGCAGGCAGAGAAAUAUGAAGCUUACGAGUACAAGUACGAGGUGAAGGACCCCGAGAAGCAGCUAUUUUUUGACAAAAACGAAGCAGGAGAUACAGCUGGCAAGGUAACGGGACGAUACUCCGUGUGGUUGCCAGACGGUCGCCUCAUGACUAUUAAGUACAUCGUGGACAAGGAGGGUGGCUUCCAGCCGGAAGUCGAUUUCCAGGACAAUGCGAACCCACUCUCCGGUUAGUGACGAUCGUUCCUUCAUUUCGAUACUAUCAACCCUCGCCCCACAAAACCUCGUGUCGUGACGCUUGAAACGGAUUGGUACUUGGAUUCUACCUGGAUUCUACCGGCUUACUGUAAGACGGUAGAAGGAGAGCAUUUUAAUUUAUACUGUGAGUCGCUACGUUCACUAUCGAACUAGAUGUAUAGGAUAUUGUAAAUAAAGUUACCUUCUUAGUCGAUCUGCCUGCAAGGUGUAUAA